AGGUAAACGGUAAACAUACCCAACAUAUCCAGCCUGCAGUCACCAUCUAUCAGUCGGUGUGAGUGGUGUGAUCAGGAGAAUAGGUUGUGCAAAUACUUGCCGGUACGACCAGAACAUAAAGUGACGAUUUUAUUUUUAUAUGGGUUGACAUAGAUUUUGCAAUCACAAGAGACAUGUAUCGACUAAUAGCAAUUCCCUUACUCGUAACAUUCUACACUGGGGUGACUUGGGCCUCCAACGGCUGUGUAGAACUGGACAAGUUGAGCUUCGAUAAAAUAGUCAAACGAUUCAGCUAUACGUUGGUCAAGUUCGACGUCGCAUUUCCGUACGGCGAGAAGCAUGAAGCAUUUACUAGUUUCGCACUGGAAAGCAAUGAGGACCUGGAUGACUUGCUCUUCGCCUUGGUUGGCAUUAAGGACUAUGGAGAAAAGGAAAACGCAGACCUGGGAAAGCGGUUCAAUAUUCCAGAAAAAUACCCCGUCAUAAAGCUGUUCAACAACGACACCUUGGACAAGUAUGUGGACUAUCCGGAAGACGACCCCAUCACGGUCGAAAACCUGCGUAAAUUCAUCAGCGCAAACACUGAUCUGUACAUCGGGUUGCCGGGCUGUUUAAAGGAAGUAGACGAGCUGGCCGCAAAGUUCUCCUGCCCCAAAAAUUCGAAAGAAGCGUUGCUUCAGAUCUAUUCCAAGGUAGAACAAAUGAAGGCCCUCUUCGAUUCAGAGAAAGCACAGAAAUCAUUCCAGAUAUAUUUGGCUCUAAUGAGGAAAAUGACACAAUCGGAUCAGUCGGUCAAAGAAUAUAUCCAGAAAGAGAAGGAACGCGUCACUCACCUACUGAAGGAUAAACUGAGUGACAAUCAGAGAGCUCUUUUCAAUUUAAGACUGAACAUAAUGAAUUCGUUCAAGCCCGGAAAAGUGGUAAACGAAGCGGUCAGUGAUGAACUAUAAGUUGCAAUUGUGUAUCCUGGAGCUAUCUUGCCCAAAUCACGUUUUAGUGUUCUCAAAUUGAUUCUCAUUCAUUAAUAGCGCUUAGCUUGUGCUUUUAGACAUGCUGCUUCAAUAAAGAUCAGUACAUGAACAUA